CAUAUGACUGACAACGAAGAUCUUACCUUAGAUAAUCCAGAGAGUUAUUUCAUAAAUAAAACUGAACCUAUCAUUAUAAGAGGAACCGGUCAUAUUACUAUAUUUGGUCUCAACAACAAAUUCAAUACAGAUUACCCAAUAGGAUUGAAGGUUGCCCCCGAAGAGUUUAAGGACACCAUAAACAGGAUAAACGCGAUCAUCCAAAACUCCCUGUUCUUUAAUUACGACAAACGCAAAGCGGAUAUCAGGAAAAAAAACGACACCUUGAUUCAAAAUCGUAAUUAUAUUCGUAAUGUCACCGGAACCGAAAUUAGUUCCGACAAUGUUGGGAGCAACGUAAAUCAAACCGGUUCGAAUCAUCGACAAAAUCAAGAUUUUGCCACGGAUACAAGCAGACGAAACAAUAAAAAAAGGAUGCGUGAUAGAAAUCUCGUGUUUCUUUUGGCGUUACUGUUCGGUGGAAUUCUUUUUUGUUUCUGUACCUGUGGCCUAUCCCUCCUACCAAUUAUCUGUUUAAACGAAAAAACCAAAAAACGAAUUGAAAAGGCUUUCGAAAUGGAGAAUAUUUGCCUAUAUCAUAAGCUGGGAUAUCAUUGGAGCCUUGGAAAACAAAAAUGCCAAAACAGCAACUUAGUCGAAUACGUACUAAUGAUUGAAAAUUUGCCGAAAGUUAACUUAAAUAAACCCGAUUGAUAUAAUAUAAUUUAUAUUUCCUAUCUUUUUAUAUCCAUAUUUAUAUUAGUAUAAAUAAUAUUUAUAUUCAUACUUCGCACGCUUAUUGUCGAAAUAUAUUUUUAAAUUAAUUAUAUUAGUGUUAAAAAAAA